AUAAUAAAGCCCUCAAGCCUUCCACCUCCCACCAACCCAUUCCCUUCAACUCUCUCCAUCGGCUGCCGAUUUGAUCUAUGGCGACUACCAGUUUCGUGAAGCUGAGCUCCUCUUCCUCCUCCUGGAUCGGUCAGAAGCCGGCUUCGGCUCAACUUCACGGAUCAGCUCCCUGCGCCCCUCGCCGCGUCUCCGUCAUCCGCGCCGCCGGAUCGUACGCCGACGAGCUCGUCAAAACCGCCAAAACUGUUGCAUCUCCUGGAAGGGGAAUCCUUGCCAUUGAUGAAUCAAAUGCCACCUGUGGAAAGAGAUUGGACUCCAUUGGACUGGAGAACACAGAGACGAACAGACAGGCCUACAGACAACUUUUGCUGACCACUCCUGGCCUUGGGGAAUAUAUUUCUGGAUCCAUCCUUUUCGAAGAGACACUUUACCAGUCAACUACUGAUGGUAAGAAGUUCGUUGACUGCUUGCGGGAUGGGAAAAUAGUGCCUGGGAUCAAAGUUGAUAAGGGUUUGUCCCCACUUCCAGGAUCCAACAAUGAAUCUUGGUGCCAAGGUUUAGAUGGCUUAGCUUCUAGAUCAGCUGAAUACUACAAGCAAGGGGCCCGUUUUGCUAAGUGGAGAACAGUUGUCAGCAUUCCUUGUGGUCCUUCUGCUUUGGCUGUGAAAGAAGCUGCAUGGGGUCUUGCUCGUUAUGCUGCUAUUUCUCAGGAUAAUGGUCUUGUGCCAAUAGUGGAACCUGAAAUUCUUCUUGAUGGAGACCACCCAAUAGAGAGGACUCUUGAGGUUGCAGAACGGGUGUGGGCCGAGGUCUUCUACUAUUUGGCAGAAAACAAUGUUUUGUUUGAAGGAAUUCUGCUUAAACCUAGCAUGGUUACCCCAGGGGCUGAACACAAAGAGAAGGCUUCUCCAGAGACCAUUGCUAAGUAUACUCUCACUAUGCUGAAAAGGAGAGUGCCUCCUGCUGUUCCUGGAAUCAUGUUCUUGUCCGGAGGACAAUCUGAAGUGGAAGCAACAUUGAAUCUCAACGCAAUGAAUCAAUCUCCAAACCCAUGGCAUGUUUCCUUCUCAUAUGCACGAGCACUGCAGAACACCGUGCUGAAGACAUGGAAAGGGCAGCCCGAGAAUGUGGAAGCUGCACAGAAGGCGCUCUUGGUUCGUGCAAAAGCAAACUCCUUAGCACAGCUAGGGAAGUAUGCUGCCGAUGGUGAAAGCGAUGAAGCUAAGAAGGGAAUGUUCGUGAAGGGUUACACCUACUAAGCACCAAGUUGCUGUUUUAGUAGAGUUGUAUCUUGACUGCUGAGGCAGAUUAAGAAUACCGGUUGUUUUUAUUUUAUUAAAUUUCUUUUUGGUCUUGAGAUAUUUUCCUCUAGUAAUAAAUCGAAUCAAGUUUAUAUGUAGAAGUGUAACCCUGAAUGUAGAAGAAAAAUGUGCUUUAAGCCAGAAUGGGACUUAAGUUUGGAACUAUUUA